AUGACUGAACUAAAAAAACAAAAGACCACUGAACAAAAAGCCAGACCUCAAAACGUCGGCAUCAAGGGUAUCCAAAUCUACAUCCCAACACAAUGCGUCAACCAAUCCGAGUUAGAGAAAUUUGACGGCGUUUCCCAAGGUAAGUACACAAUUGGUCUGGGCCAAACCAAUAUGUCCUUUGUCAACGACAGAGAAGACAUCUACUCAAUGUCCUUGACUGUUUUGUCCAAGUUGAUCAAGAGUUACAAUAUCGACACCAACAAGAUUGGUAGAUUAGAAGUCGGUACGGAAACCCUAAUUGACAAGUCCAAGUCUGUUAAGUCUGUCUUGAUGCAAUUGUUCGGCGAAAACACCGACGUCGAAGGUAUUGAUACUCUUAAUGCCUGUUACGGUGGUACCAACGCAUUGUUCAAUUCUUUGAACUGGAUCGAAUCUAAUGCCUGGGAUGGUAGAGACGCCAUCGUUGUUUGCGGUGAUAUUGCCAUUUAUGAUAAAGGUGCCGCAAGACCAACUGGUGGUGCUGGUACUGUUGCCAUGUGGAUCGGCCCUGAUGCUCCAAUCGUAUUUGAUUCUGUGAGGGCUUCUUACAUGGAACACGCUUACGAUUUCUACAAGCCAGAUUUCACCAGUGAAUAUCCUUACGUGGAUGGUCAUUUCUCAUUGACCUGUUAUGUCAAAGCUCUUGAUCAAGUUUACAAGAGUUACUCCAAGAAGGCUAUUUCCAAAGGGUUGGUUAGCGAUCCCGCUGGUCCGGAUGCUUUGAACGUUUUGAAAUAUUUCGACUACAACGUUUUCCACGUACCAACCUGUAAAUUGGUAAACAAGUCAUACGGUAGAUUACUAUAUAACGAUUUCAGGGCCAACCCUCAAUUGUUCCCAGAAGUUAACGCCGAAUUAGCUAACCGCGACUACGACGAGUCAUUGACCGACAAGAACAUUGAAAAGACUUUUGUUAAUGUUGCUAAGCCAUUCCACGAGGAAAGAGUCGCCCAAUCUCUGAUCGUUCCAACAAACACAGGUAACAUGUACACCGCUUCUGUAUACGCUGCCUUUGCAUCUCUAUUAAACUAUGUUGGAUCGGACGACUUGCAAGGCAAGCGUGUUGGUUUAUUCUCCUACGGUUCUGGGUUGGCUGCAUCUCUAUAUUCCUGUAAAAUUGUUGGUGACGUCCAACACAUUGUCAAGGAAUUGGAUGUCACUAACAAAUUAGCCAAGAGAAUCACUGAAACUCCAGAAGAUUACGAGGCUGCCAUCGGAUUAAGAGAAAACGCUCAUUUGAAGAAGGAUUUCAAGCCUCAAGGUUCCAUUGAACACCUACAAUCUGGCGUAUACUACUUGACCAACAUCGAUGACAAAUUCAGAAGAUCCUACGAUGUUAAGAAAUGA